GGUUAGUGGCUCCCGCGGCGCAGACGGCAGCGGCCACGGGCGCGCGCGGGAGGCUCAGGCGGACGGGACGGGGCGGGCAACCCCGGGAGCCUCGCGCGCGUGUCCUCCGCCCCGCGAGGGACAUCGAGCCGGGGCCGGGGGCCGCGGCCGCUCAGCAGGCUCCGAGCCGCGCCGCGCUCUCGCCCGCAGAGCGCGCCCCCUGGCGGAGGGACGCGGCCCGCCACCCGCGCGGGGCCAUGAGCGCGUGCGGGCGCCGGGCGCUGGCGCUGCUGAGCUGCGUGUUCGCCGUGUGCGGCCUGGGGCUGCUGGGCGUGGCCGUGAGCACCGACUACUGGCUCUACCUGGAGGAGGGCGUGGUCCUGCCGCAGAACCAGAGCACCGAGACCAGGAUGUGCCUGCACUCGGGCCUGUGGCGCGUCUGCUUCCUGGCUGGUGAGGAGCGCGGCCACUGCUUCACCAUCGAGGACGUGAUGCCCAUGAACGCGCAGCUGACCUCAGAGUCCACGGUCAACGUGCUCAAAAUGAUCCGCUCGGCCACGCCCUUCCCCCUGGUCAGCCUCUUCUUCAUGUUCAUCGGCUUCAUCCUCAGCAACAUCGGGCACAUCCGCCCGCACCGGACCAUCCUGGCCUUCGUCUCCGGCAUCUUUUUCAUCCUCUCGGGCCUGUCGCUGGUGGUGGGCCUGGUGCUCUACAUCUCCAGCAUCAACGACGAGCUGCUCAACCGGCCCCGGGACGCCGACACCUACUUCAGCUACAAGUACGGCUGGGCCUUCGCCUUCGCCGCCAUCUCCUUCCUCCUGACGGAGAGCGCGGGGGUGAUGUCCGUGUACCUGUUCAUGAAGCGGUACACGGCCGAGGACAUGUACCGGCCGCACCCCGGCUUCUACCGCCCGCGGCUCAGCAACUGCUCCGACUACUCGGGCCAGUUCCUGCACCCCGACGCCUGGGCGCGCGGCCGCAGCCCCUCGGACAUCUCGAGCGACGCGUCCCUGCAGAUGAACAGCAGCUACCCCGCCCUGCUCAAGUGCCCCGACUACGACCAGAUGUCGUCCUCGCCCUGCUGAGCCGAGCCCCCCACCCCCCCGGACACCCAGGACGGCCCGCCCGCGUCCCCCCUGCCCUGCCCUGCCCCACGCCCACCGUGAUGGCCCCGGCUGGUGUCCGGCCUCUGUGGCUGACCGCUCCCCUCUUGCCCCUGGAAGGGGGUGUCCAGGCUCGUGUCUGUCCCCGGGUGCCAGGCCUGGCCCAGAGCUUGCCCUGCUGACCGCUGGCCGCUGGCCUGGCCCCACGGCCGUGACGUGAGCCCAGCGCCGGGGGAAGUUGGGGGGGAACCUGGAAUUCUGGCUGCUUCUGAGUCCCGGCCCUGACCCCCGGGAAACCCUGGUCCCACUGCCCCCCGCCCCCCACACCUGAACUGUCCCUCCUCCCUGCAGGUUCUGCGCAGCCACCGAGCCCUGGUCCCCUCAGGGGCCGCGUGGGGGCCCCGGGCCCCCUCAACUGACAUCACUCGGAGGUGGCCGUCGCUAACAAUGUCUUAAUUCACCGGCUCCCUAGAGACCAUCUUCCCGGGGGCCUGCGAUGCCUUAACCCCAAGCCCCACGGCUGCGGGCGGGAGUGUUCGAACCCGGCCACUGCGGGCAGGGAGGGCCUCUGGGCCGGGGCCGGGACUGGCAGCCCCUGGACCAUUUUGGGAAACCUGAGGCGCAGGGGCCGGCCUUUCGGGGGCCCCUCGGGAGGGUGGGGCAUGGGAGGGCGGCUUCUCCCUUCGUACCUUCCCGGGGACCGAGUCUCCCCCACUCCUGGUCCCCCGCCGGCCAGCUGUCCCCUCACUCUCCUAAGGUCCGGAGUCAGGGGUCACUGGCCUGGAGGUGGCACUGGAGGGGGGAGACAGUGCGGGUGGGCCCGUGUGGGCGGGACCUCACCCCCCUACCCCUGUCUCCUGGGCUUGCAGCUGUUGUCUGCGCCCCCAGCCUGUGUCCUGGCCCGUCAGAGCAGAGAACGCGCCCUCCCGCCCCCCAGUUUUAACUUCAUCACCAGCUUCAGGCCAGCCGCGUCCUGGGGUACGCAGGAGGGGAGGGUCCCAUGCGAGCCUGGGGGCCGCGAGGCCAUACGAGCAUCACAGACUCAGCUGAGUCUGGGGGUCAGACGGAAGGGGAGGGAGGAGAUAGAUCCUCAGCCACUGAUGCUCCAGCGCCACCCUGCCCUGAGGGGCUUGGCUUGGAUGAUUUUCAGGACACCCACCCCCCCCCGCCUCCCCUACACACAAAUACACCCCAGCUCUGAAGAUUCAGCCCCGUGUAGAAAGCUCCAGAUCGCUCUCGUCCUGUGGCAUCUCACCCUGCCCGUCACCCGGGCCCCGAUUUCCUCCCCACGUCAAUCACCAGGGGCACGUUCCAGAAGAUUCCGAGUCCUCCCCCAGCGCCCCGCGUCUUCCUUGUGCCCCUCGCGAUCGUCUGCCGCCGUGCAGGGCUUGCUUCUGUGUGUGUGAAAUAGAACCCGCUCGUGCCAACA